AUGGGCCGCAAAAAGAUCAAAAUCCAACCCAUCAAGGACGACCGUAAUCGUCAGGUCACCUUUUUGAAAAGAAAGCAAGGUCUCAUGAAGAAAGCGUACGAGUUGAGUGUCCUGUGCGAUUGCGAGAUUGCCCUGAUCAUAUUCAACUCGAGUGGCAAGCUUGUGCAGUAUGCGAGCACCGAGAUUGACAAGAUCCUGCUCAAGUACACUGAUUACAACGAGCCACAUGAGAGCAAAAACAAUCGUGAUUUUGUCAAUCUUAGCGAACGAGACGAAGAGCAUGUCAAGGAAGACGAUGAUGGAUUGGAUAUGGAACAGGCUUCUGGACCAGAACAAGAAUUAAAGGGGUCGUCGUCAAGCGACAAUUUGCCCAUGGCUACCGUUCCUACGCAGGCACAAUAUCCACCACCACCACCACCUCAUCAUCAUCAACCUACACCUCCGCAACCAUCCAUGAUGCAUAAUCAGCCACCACAGAGUAUGAUGGGAGGAAUGGGUCAUCAUCACCAAGUAUCGCCACACAAUCAUCAUGGAGCAUCUCCUGCUAUGUAUUAUCAUGAACAAUCACAUCAACGUGGUCAUUACGGCAUGCAUCACCCCCAACAUCAAACGCCACAACAUCGAAUGUCGCCUGGUUAUGAGGUAUACGGUAUCCAACAUACGCCACCGCCACCACAGCCACAUCCAAUGUAUAUGAUGCAGCACCAUAGUCCCGCUCCUGUUCCACCAGGUCCUCCUACAUCGAGCAUGCCAAUGCAAUAUGGAUCACAUCCUGCACAUCAUCCAAUGUAUGCAUCCAAUGUUCGUAUGCAAAUGCCUCCUCCACAACCACAACCACAGCAACAACAACAACAACCAGUGGUAUCAGCAGGAUCACCAGCUCUUCCUGUUCCAUCAUCGGCUAUGCAGAGUCCUAAUUAUACAACACAACCCCCAGCUCCUUCUCAAAGUGGUGAUCAACAGACUCAGAGUCCUCUUCAAUCAGCCUCUAACAUGCCUAGUCCAACACCAUCUGCAACGAGUCAUCAUAGCCAUGGGAAGAGUAAAGCACCACCCAAGUUAAGAGUACAAAUCCCUGGUGAUUCACCCAAGCAGCAGCAACCAUCGGUGUCUACGGCAUCUACAGGAAAUGAACAAGAGGAAAAGGCGAUUAAAAGCGAAGAAGGAUCACAAGAAAAGCGAAACAACAUAGCAACGACUUCAGCUGAACAAAGUGCAGGGAUUGGACCACCAUCUGCAUUACCAUCUCAGUUUGCUCAAAAUCUAUUUUCGCCUACAACUUUCUAUCCAGAAUUCUAUCAACAGAAUGAGUUACCAAGUCCUCUCAACUUUUCAGCAACACCUACAGCAUCUCAUGCAUUCAAUUGGCCAGCACCUUCAUCCACUGCUGGGUCAGCACGAGAUUAUAAGCCAUCACCACUCGCACGACAACAGGAGACAAGCAACGAUGCCAAACGACCUGCUAUAGAUAAUGAAAAAGAGGAUGAUGGUAACGAUGACAAUGAAUCAUCAGCGACAAAGAAGGCCAAAGUAGCGUAA